AGCUGAGAGAUGGAGGAGGCCGGAAUGUCAGCCUUUUGCCUUAAAGCAGGAAGUGUUCGUGGUGGUGGUGGUGGUGGUGGUAAUGGAAGUACUACUGGAACUAAGUGUGGGCGUUGGAAUCCGACCUCUGAACAGGUUAAAGUUCUGACUGAUCUGUUCAGGUCCGGACUUCGAACCCCGAGCACUGAUCAAAUUCAGAAGAUAUCCACUCAGCUUAGCUUUUAUGGUAAGAUUGAGAGUAAGAACGUCUUUUACUGGUUCCAGAACCAUAAGGCUAGGGAAAGACAGAAGCGGCGUAGAGUAUCCUGCAUUGAUGAAAAGGAUUUGAUCCUCCAGGACGAGAAGAUUUCAUCUGUAAAACAUUUCACCGACAUGAAUCGGUAUUCCGAGCCCGAAAGAUCAGUGAUUGAGACCCUCCAACUUUUCCCAUUAAAUUCUUUCGAUCCUGAGUCCGAGAAGCUGAGACUACAUGCAAAUGAUUACAAGGAGAUUACAGGCUUUUCAUACAAGAUUGGGACAGAAAUGGAGCACUCACCAUUGGAUCUGCGUUUAAGUUUUCUGUAAAUUACAAGCUUCGAAUCUUUGCAUGUGGGGGGGAAAGGAAAAUGUUCUCUUGGAAUCAUUGGUCGUGUAUUUCCGGGGGAAAUAUUUAGGUUUAGAAAGAAGCUGGGGGAAAGAAAUGGAUAAACGGUCAAAAGUUGUAGCUCAUGAAAGUUUUAC